AAAAAAAUGAUGAUAAAUAUAAAAAAAAAGGAAAAUAGUUUCAAAUAGGGUACUUGUUCUUCAUCUCAGAGGCUCCAAUAUCUAGGGUUUCGACUCCUCCUUCGUCCUCUAGGGUUUCCAUCCAUGGCCAUCUUCGAUUCCAUCGAUUAAGGCUCCCUCUCCCCUGCGAUCUCCUCCCUACCAGCUUCGCUAUGUCGAACUCCUCCCUCUCCGCUUCGCGUGGCGACGCCGCCGUGGAUUCGGCGCCGCUCCUCGACCGCAGCGGCGGCGGCGGCGGCGGAGGAGGAGGGUUUGGGCCGCACCCAAGCCUCCGUGGCGCGGCGCGGUUCCUCCGCCGCGCGAGCAGCCGACGCAUCAUGCGCGAGCCCUCGGUGGCGGUGCGCGAGGCGGCGGCGGAGCACCUCGAGGAGCGCCAAUCCGAUUGGGCCUACUCGAGGCCCGUCGUCGUCCUCGACGUGCUCUGGAACGUGGCGUUCCUCGCCGUCGCGGCGAUCGUCCUCGUCCUCAGCCGCCACGAGAGGCCCUCGAUGCCGCUGAGGCUGUGGAUUGGGGGUUACAUUCUCCAGUGUGUUCUCCAUGUGGUGUGCGUGUGCAUUGAGUACCGUCGGAGGCACCCAUCGGAGGGCGCCGAGAGUGGGAGGAGCUCUCCGUCAAGUUCGCCGAGGGAGGGUGAAGGAUUCGGCGAGGGCGGGGAAUUCCGUGAUGGAGAAAGGAAUAGUAUUGCAAAACAUCUAGAGUCUGGAAACACAAUGUUUUCCUUCAUAUGGUGGAUCAUUGGAUUUUACUGGGUAUCUGCUGGUGGCCAAACUCUGACCCGUGAAGCACCUCAGCUUUACUGGCUCUCUAUAGUUUUCCUGGCAUUUGAUGUCUUCUUUGUUGUAUUUUGCGUUGCUUUGGCUUGCGUUAUCGGAAUUGCUGUUUGCUGCUGUCUACCUUGUAUUAUUGCAAUCCUGUAUGCUGUGGCUGAUCAGGAGGGAGCAUCCGAAGAAGACAUUCGUCAUCUUCCAAAGUACAAAUUUCGGAGGAGCAAUGGUUCUGACAAGCUGUCUGGUGAGAUAGGGGGACGCUCUGGCGGAAUCAUGACCGAGUGUGGCAGCGACCCACCCAUGGAGCAAGUUCUUUCAGCUGAGGAUGCGGAAUGCUGCAUUUGCCUUUGUCCCUACGACGAUGGCGCGGAGCUCCGCGAGCUCCCCUGCGGCCACCAUUUCCACUGCGCCUGCAUAGAUAAGUGGCUCCACAUCAACGCCACGUGCCCUCUAUGCAAAUUCAACAUCCUAAAGAGCGACAGCAACUGCGGAAUAGAGGAGGUUUAAUUAAAUCUCUCGAGGUGACCACGGUGACUCUACCACUGCCUGCUUAAUUUGUAGAUAUGCUGCUUCACACUUCUUCUUCGUCGUCUUUUAAAGCGUUUAGUCUUUUUGUUAUUGAUCUUCCGUCUUUUGUUUUUCAUGUAAAAAAGUAUGUUAAAUAGGAUAAUAAUGCCGUAAUCUUGGGUGUUAGUGUCAUGGUCUAAUAGCCCUUUUUGUAAUGUUGUUGUUGAGUUUUAAUUGUGGUUACAUUUCAAAUGGAUCCUUACUGGUCAGGUGAGGGUAUUCUAAUGGCUUUUUGAUUUCCUUUUGUGCUGA